AUGGAGGUCCCGCUUGAGACCAACUGGAGCGCCGAGGCUGUCAAUGGGAGUGCGGCACCACCAGGGGCGGAGGGCAACCGCACCCACGGGCCACAGCGCAACGAGGCCCUGGCGCGCGUGGAGGUGGCGGUGCUGUGCCUCAUCCUCUUCCUGGCGCUGAGCGGCAACGUGUGUGUGCUGCUAGCGCUGCGCACCACGCGCCACAAGCACUCGCGCCUCUUCUUCUUCAUGAAGCACCUGAGCAUCGCCGACCUGGUGGUGGCGGUGUUCCAGGUACUGCCACAACUGCUGUGGGACAUCACCUUCCGCUUCUAUGGGCCCGACCUGCUGUGUCGCCUGGUCAAGUACCUACAGGUUGUUGGCAUGUUCGCCUCCACCUACUUGCUGCUGCUCAUGUCCCUCGACCGCUGUCUGGCCAUCUGCCAGCCGCUGCGCACCCUGCGCCGCCGUGCUGACCGCCUGGCCGUCCUCAUCACGUGGCUGGGCUGCCUGGUGGCCAGCGCGCCGCAGGUGCACAUUUUCUCGAUUCGCGAGGUGGCCGACGGUGUCUUCGACUGCUGGGCAGGCUUCAUCCAGCCCUGGGGACCCAAGGCCUAUGUCACGUGGAUCACGCUCGCCGUCUACAUUGUGCCAGUCAUUGUGCUUACCGCCUGCUACAGCCUCAUCUGCUUCAAGAUCUGGCAGAACUUUCGGAGCAAGACGGCGGCGGAGGGAGCGGCCAAGGGGUCGGAGGGCGCGGUGGCCGGCAGCGGGGACCGUGCGGCCCUGGCUCGAGUCAGCAGCGUCAAGCUAAUCUCCAGGGCCAAGAUCCGCACGGUUAAGAUGACCUUCAUCAUCGUGCUGGCCUUCAUUGUGUGCUGGACACCAUUCUUCUUCGUGCAGAUGUGGAGCGUCUGGGACGCCAAUGCGCCCAAGGAAGCCUCAGCCUUCAUCAUCGCCAUGCUCCUGGCCAGCCUCAACAGCUGCUGCAACCCCUGGAUCUACAUGCUCUUCACAGGCCACCUCUUCCACGAGCUCAUGCAGCGCCUCCUCUGCUGCUCCUCCAGCUACCUAAGGGGCCCCCGGGCGGGAGAGACAAGUGUGAGCAAAAAGAGCAACUCAUCCACCUUUGUCCUGAGCCACCACAGCUCCAGCCAGAGGAGUUCCUCCCAGCUGUCCUCCCUGUGA